AUGCUAGUGUUAAUUCUGGUCAUGAUAGCGUGUAGGAUGCAAGUUACGCUUCAGAAUAUAGUGAGCACAGCCCAGGGGAAAAUAAGAGGGGUGCCGGGGGAUGGAUAUGUGGCUUAUAGAGGCAUACCCUACGCUUCGGUCAGUAACGGAGUUGGCGGCAGGUUCAAGGGUGGCGGUCUUGCUCCCGUGUGGUCGACCAUUCGAGAGCCGCACGACUCGCAUUGCUCUUCGGACUCGUCUGCCGAGGAGUGCCUUAAGCUGGACGUCAACUGCCCGACCGGGGCGGCGCUGCCGGUGCUGGCGUGGGUAGCAGGCGGCAGCGCCCGGUACGACCCCACGAGACUUGUGAAGGAAGGGCUCAUUGUUGUCAUCGUGCGGCACAGACUGGGCCCACAGGGUUUCUUAUGUUCGAGCGAAGAUAAGAUUCCAGGCAAUGCAGGAUUGAAAGAUGUGGUGCUAGCUUUACGAUGGAUCCAAGACAACAUCGUGGCGUUCAACGGAAACCCUCACAAAGUGGUAGUAGCCGGGCAGAGCUUCGGUGCCGCCAUGGUGGAAGCCUUAACCUUGACGCCCACGGCUCAGGGCUUGUUCCACGGAGUGAUACUACAGAGUGGAACUGUCUUAGCCCCUUGGGCGUUCAAUUUAGAUGCAGAGGAUCGAGCUAAGCUACUGAGAAUGAUGUUCAAUGGAAGCACUGAAAAGCUAUCACGAGUCUCUGCAACGGAACUCCGUAAUAAAGCCGAUCAACUGAUACUUCCAUAUUUACCGUUUGGUAUGUGUAUAGACAAUUCCAUCAAAAAUGAAGAGAGAUUGCUCACUGCCUCGCCCUUUGAAAUGCUAUCCAGAGGAGCCAUGAUAACAGUGCCCAUGGUGAUGGGAUUCAACAACCAUGAAGGUUACAUAUUCGCUUCGACGCUCAAAGAAGCAAGGGUUGUUAGGAGAAUGUCUAAAAAUUUGACGUUUCUGCUUCCGAUGGAACUGCAGGCGAAUAAGAGGGGUAUAUCAAAAAUGAUGAAAGAGAUAUACGAUAUGUACUUUGCUGAUAAUAUGACCAUGGCAGCUGCAUUAGUGUAUCACAGAGAUGCCUACUUCUUGAGCCACAUUCAUAGGAGUGUACGUUUCCAUGCUCUAGGACAUCAGCCUGUGUAUUACUACCAAUUCUCUUACGUUGGGAGUAUUGGCGUAGAAGAAGAGCCAGGAAUGGUCAAAAGCGGAGCAGCGCAUUCUGAUGAGCUAGCGUAUUUGUUUCCAGACAAAGGACGGGAUUUGCAAGGAGACGAUGGUAUCGUUCAGGGGAAUCUGGUACGACUUUGGACGAAUUUCGUUAAAAAUUUAAACCCAACUCCAGCCAAUACUAAGGAUUCACUCUGGACUCCACUCGACCCUAAUGAUCCCAAAGUGCUCGAUAUAAGUGUAGUGUUGGAAAUGAUAGAAUUUCCGUACAAAAAAGAAGCGCUGAUGUGGGAGGACAUUUACGAAAAAUAUUACUUUGAUAGAAGAUAUGCAGUGGACUUCCAUUGGUUAUGGCAAAUGGACACGUCCACUGAUAUGAUGAUGGUGCAAGGAUUCGAAGACGAUGGUGUUCUGCAAUUCUUUGAUAUACCGUAUGGAGCUUUUAGUGAAAAAUCACCAUUUCAGGAACCUGUUGAACCAGAACAUUGGCACGAUAUACGUCAAAUAAAGGAGCACAAAUCACGAUGUCCUCAAAUUGAUAAAGAUAUAUUAGUCGGUGAUAAUGAAUGCCUCACUUUGAACGUGUUUAAAUCUGCCACAAAAUCUGAAAUUACGACCAGCGUCAAAGCAAGUGCUGACGUAUUGUUUCACAUACACGACAGCUCUUUUUCUUCCGGAAGCGGUGAUCCUCUUAUUUAUGGCCCCCAGGGUUUAGUUGACAAGGAUGUAAUUCUGGUUUUACCAAAUUACAGACUCGGAGCAUUAGGUUUUCUGUGUUUACAAAACAAUGUAGCACCGGGUAACGCCGCUCUCAAGGAUCUGACUCUCGCUUUGAGAUGGACAAUGGAAAACAUAAAAGCUUUUGGUGGUAACUCUUCGAACAUUGUAGUGAGCGGCGCGGGUGCUGGCGGCGCUUUAGUAGAGUAUUUACUUAUAUCCAACAUGUCAAGACAGUAUAUAUCUAGAGCAAUCACAGAGAGCGGCUUCAGUCUUUCACCGUGGGCAAUAGAUAGAAAUCCAAUAUCCACUGCGAAUUCCUCAUACAGUCUAUUACAAGGUGACAUAGUUAUAGAAGAUUUAAUAAGAAAUACUGUCAAUAUAGAUUUUAAACCGUGUAUCGAAAAAGGAAGUGGUUUUAUAACCGAAAGUCCAUGGCAAUUGUUGCAGAAGAGUCAAACACAAAUAGAUUACAUGGCAGGUACAGCAAACCACGCCGCUUGGAUGAAAGCUGUGCAGCAAACAGAAACGGAAUAUAAAUUAUCUCUAUUAAAUAGUAACUCAUCGUUGUUACUACCAAAUGAUCUUCUAUUUGAGAACGACGAUGAAAAAUUACGAAUCGGGAGGAGAGUGAGAUCUUUAUAUUUCGGCGAAAGAGAAUUAACAAUGACUGAUAUCAAUCAAAUUUCCCAAUUAUUCAGUGACAGCGAAUAUCUAAAUCCCGGAUUAAGAGGCGCCAGAUUGUUCGUAAAAGGAGGAGCCAACGUUUAUUUUUAUGAGUAUUCCUUUAAUAAUCCGGAUCUGAAACAAGCCUUUGAUGCAUCUACUCGAGGUGAUUCCUUGGCCUUCGUUUUCAACCGAAAUGAGCAAAGCGAAGAACAAACUCGUAUGAGAGAUAUAAUGACAAGUUUAUGGAUUACUUUUAUUAAGACUGGAGUACCCUCGGCAUACAAUAUCACUUGGAAUAAAAUGAAAGAGGUAGCAGCAACUGAUGAGGAAUGGCUUUCAAUAGGUGCUCGUGGGCAAAUGCAAAAGGGUCUUCAUCUCAGUCGUUUGAACGUGUGGAAGGAGAUCUAUGACAAACACUUCAUAGACAAUAAUCUAGGCUUCAUGCAGAAACCUUUAUUUUAUGUCUAUGUUUUAGCAAGCGGCUUGUCAACUUUAGUGCAAAUUGGAGUUUUAAAGCCAUGA